AUGUCCACCUCACAAGAUCUUGGUUAUCUCUCAGCUGCCAGAUAUGGUAAACAACUAGUCAAGAUUGCUAGAGUGGUCAGAGAGGGAGAUCAACAUUUCAUCGUCGAAUACGUUAUAAGAGCUCUACUCGAAGGGGAUAUCGAAACUUCUUACACCGAAGCCGAUAACACCGUAGUGGUAGCUACUGAUAGUGUCAAGAACACAUGUAACGUUUUCGCCAAAACCUCACCUCACGUCCUGAACGCACCCGUCUUCGCUUUACACCUAGGACUCCACUUUGUCACGAAAUACGCUCAUAUCUCAAAAGCGUUUAUCGAUAUCGAACAACUCAAAUGGUCAAGGAUCGAGGUAAAUGGUAAACCCCAUAAAUGGUCUUUUAUCCGAGAUGGCGAUGAGAAAUCCCUAGUGGAAUGUGUAGUAGAUGCUUCGGGUGGCAAGGAGAGUGUUAAAGCGGAUUUGAAAGUUGGUAUGAAAGAUUUACUUGUACUCAAAACUAGUGGUUCGGCAUUUGAGAAUUUCUACAGAGAUGAAUUCACCACACUUGCAGAUGUAUCCGAUCGAAUCUUCUCUACUUCCGUAUCAAUCCAGUCUACCAUUGCCCUCCCACCCAAUACUCCAUUGACCAUCGAUAACUUGAGUGAUAUCGCAAAAGAACUCAAUUUCCCCAAGUUGACUAGUCAAAUCAGGAAAGAUGUAUUGGAGACUUUUGCUGAGGAUGAAAGUGCAAGUGUACAGGCAACAAUGUACAUAACCAUGCAAAACAUCCUCAAAUCCUGUCCUGCAGUUAAAGAAACUUCCAUGCAAUUACCUAACAAGCAUUACAUCCCAAUAAACUUGUCCGCUUUCAAGCUUGAUAAUGGUUUAGGAUACGAGGGAGGUGCAGAGGUGUUCCACCCCACGGCUGAUCCUAGUGGGUAUAUCACUGCUACGGUGACUAGGAAAUAG